AUGUCGGCCGCUAAAGAAAACCGAAAAGAAGACAGUCGCAGGUGUUCGAAGUGUGGCAAAUCCACGGCAAAGGAAAACGUUUCUUUGUUUCGUUUUCCAAAUCCCGGAGUUCGGAAUCUUUUGCGCUGCACCCUGUGGGCAAAAUACCUUUUUCCCUCGGAUGAACAGCACACUUCAAUAGCUUUUCAAAAAAAGCUGUAUGCUGAGCACAGGAUGCUGUGCCAAAAUCACUUCCACGAAGGUGAUUUUACAGAUGGCACUAAAAAAUCAUUGCUAAGAACUGCAGUUCCGCAUGAGAUUGGACCUGUAUUCAUUCCUGCGGUUACAUUGCCCGAUAAUCUGCAGCCAGGCCCUUCACACAUACCUCAAGAACCUCAAGCAGGGCCAUCAAAAAGAAUCCCUUUGAGGGAGAUUGGAAAUUUCCAAUCAACAACGGAUGUUCUUGAAUCUGAGAAAAUUGACAAAGAGAGCAAGACUUACAAAAAAUGCUUGAAAUAUAUGCACAGUGUUUGCCAACUGCGUAAUCGAAUAAAGAACAUGAAACUCAAACUGCAAUUAAAUGCCCUCACAGAAAGCAACUCCUUACGAAAACUUUCAGAGAAAAUCUCACCAACAUUCGCUCUUUUGCUCCAAGGGCAAUUAAGAAAUUAUAAUAAAAAAAUCACUGGAAGGAGAUGGACAAAGGAGGAAAAAAUUGUAGCCUUGAGGCUAUUUAAAAGGUCACCAACUUGUUACCGCUUGUUGAGGAGAUUAUUUUAUUUACCAUCUCCAGGCACCCUAAAGGCUUUGCUGAACAGAGUGCCUUUUGCUAUAGGUAUUACCGAGCCAGUACUGGAAGUACUCAAACAAUUUUUAAAAACACAGCAGCGAUCGGACAAUAAUUAUAUUUUAAUGUUCGAUGAAAUAUCAUUAAAGAAACAUUUUGAUUAUAACCCAAAGGAAGAUGUCAUUGAUGGAUACCAAGAUCAUGGGGCACAAGGAAGGUCCCCCAAUGUGGCAUCCCAUGCCCUAGUUUUUAUGGUUGCUGGCAUAAGGAAAACUGUAAAACAACCGAUUGCACAUUUCUUCUCAAGUGGCUUUUCAACAGCGGACAGGCUUGCAGUGCUUUUGAAAGAGAUCUUACAGCAAUGUUUUGCAUCAGGUAUUAACAUAUCUGCCACUGUCUGUGACAUGGAUGGUGUAAAUAGACGAGCACUGUCAAUCUUGGGUGCAACUGUGGAGCGCCCAUACAUAACAGUGCAUAACAAAGAGAUUGUGACAUUAUUUGACACACCACAUCUUGUCAAAUGCUUUAGAAAUCUUUUUUUAAAAUAUGACAUUGAGUGCACUACUAACAUUUCAUCUGAAGACAAGAAAGGAAAAGGUGUGGCCAAAUGGUCUCACAUAAAAGAUUUCUUUGAAAUCGACAACAAAAACCAAAUUUUGUAUGAAGCAUCAGCAUCUGCGCUCAAACGCAAGAUGAAGAUAAUUAUGCAUAAAUAA